UCGUCUGGGUCCUCUGGCCGCGUUUCGCAGAAACCCAGCAGGAUGGCCGCAAACAAGAGCAAGAGCCAGAGCUCCCUGGCCCUUCACAAGGUGAUCAUGGUUGGCAGCGGAGGGGUGGGCAAGUCGGCCCUGACCUUGCAGUUCAUGUAUGAUGAGUUCGUGGAGGACUAUGAACCUACCAAGGCUGACAGUUACAGGAAGAAGGUGGUCCUGGACGGGGAGGAGGUCCAGAUAGACAUCCUGGACACGGCCGGACAGGAGGACUACGCGGCCAUUCGCGACAAUUACUUCCGGAGUGGGGAGGGCUUCCUCCUCGUGUUUUCCAUCACCGAGCAUGAGUCAUUCGCAGCAACCGCCGAGUUCAGGGAACAGAUCCUCCGCGUUAAGGCGGAAGAAGAUAAAGUCCCGCUGCUGGUGGCGGGGAACAAGUCUGACCUGCAGGAGCGGAGGCAGGUGCCGCUGGAGGAGGCCAGGGCCAAGGCCGAGGAGUGGGGCGUGCAGUACGUGGAGACCUCGGCCAAGACGCGGGCCAACGUGGACAAGGUGUUCUUUGACCUCAUGAGAGAGAUCAGAGCAAAGAAGAUGUCAGAAAACAAAGACAAGAACGGCAAGAAAAGCAGCAAGAACAAGAAAAGUUUUAAAGAAAGAUGUUGCUUACUGUGAAGGCCAAGGUGCUGGACCAUGUCGCUCGCCACUAAGGACAGAGGUCAGGUUCCUCAAGCCAAGACUCCAGUCGACCUCUCGGCCUGUUCCCUGCUCUCCCCAGCCUCAUUCACACACGCUUCUGUAAAUGGGGAAAAUAUUUGUGAACCAGCGGCUGGCAGAAGAAAUAAGCCCUUGACCGUGCAAUGGGAUGGCUCCCCUGUCGGGAGGUUUCAGAGUUUCCUCCCUCUUUUCCUUCCUAAAAUAGGCCACGUAUGUAGUGCUACAGGCAGGCGUUAGCCAAGUGUUAAUUAAGAAGGACUGUCCUAGCUUCUUAUUUUUUCCCCAGUUUUGUAACAUUAGCGUCUUUCGUUUUGAAAUAAAAGUGUCUUAUUUUAUUAGGUCUUGGGAGGCGACGGUGGGGUGAGGCUCCCCCCACCCUUGUCAGCUCAACAGUAGUUCUCAGAAACAUCUAUUAGGUUCUAAUGACGCUGGAAAAUUCGGAGAUUUUUUUGGGUCUCUUGGCCAUACCCUGUGGAUCUGAAGCGGACCU